UUUCCCAACCUUUGAAGUCAAACACAACUUAUUAUCACCAACCCUCUUUCUCUUCAUAACUUCCUAGAGCUGUUUUUUAUGCUCUCUGACAAAGAUUCUUCUAUGAUCAAGUGCUGAAAGGGGUUUUACAGGAUUUUAUGUUUUGGUUAUGCUUUCAUUUUUAUUUGGAAUAUAGUUGAAUUGUUGAAUUCUUUAAGUACGGUAUUUGGUGGAAGUUAAUUGAGAAGCCAAUUGAUUUGAUUGUGAGUUUCAUAACUCGAUGGGGCGUGUGCCAAAGAUGAGAUGAUGAUGGAAGGAUUGAAGAAUAGGAUUUCAAGACUUGCUGAAUGUUUCAUAAUUUGCCUUAUUAUUCUUAUACGAUCUACUUUUGCACAAACAGGAUUUGUGAGCAUAGCAUGCUGUGCUGAUUCAAGUUUUAGCGACGGAAAUAUAAGUUGGGUACCAGAUGAUAAUUGGUUUCCGGACAAAACAAGUUGCCGGAGCAUUACUAGACCAGUGGUGAACUACAAAGCUUAUGGUAAAGUUCGUGAUUUCAACAUUGAUUCAGGGAAGAGAUGUUACAAUUUUACAACAAAUAAGGAUCAAGAGUAUCUGAUAAGGGGCACAUUUCUUUAUGGGGAUAGAGAGGGGACACCUCUGGGAUCAUCCUUCAAUGUUUGGAUUGGUGUCACACCUUUAAGUGUAGUGAACUCUUCUGAGGACUCAGUGGUCGAGGGAAUUUUUAGAGCUGUUGAUGAUCAAACAGACUUCUGCUUAGUGAAAGAUAAGGGGAAUCCUUACAUUUCACAGCUUGAAUUGAGGCCGUUGAAUGAACCAGAGUAUUUACAUGGGCAAAAUUCUAGUGUUCUGAAAGUGGUUGGUAGAUUUGAUCUAGGCAGAAGUGAUAAGGAGAACAGUUUCAGGUACCCAGAUGACCCUUAUGACAGAAUUUGGUCACCAAAAUUGAAUCCUGAACAAACAACCCAUAGCAUAUCAUCCAACACCACUAUUUCCAACAACGCUAGUACAGUUACAGUGCCUCUCCAGGUUCUACAAACAGCUUUAAACACCAGCUUAGACCACUUGACAUUCCUCCAUACUGAUCUUGACUCGGGAGAUUACAACUACACUAUCAACCUCUACUUUCUUGAGCUCCAAGACUCUGUUAAUAAUUCAAGCCAAAGGGUGUUUGAUAUUUACAUCAACAAUGAGAAGAAACAAAACAAGUUUGACAUUUUGGCUGGUGGUUCCAACUAUGCGAAAGUUGUUAUGAAUGUUACUGCAAAUGGCCAUCUUAACUUGACCUUAGUUAAGGUUCUAAAUGGGUCUGAGUUUGGACCCAUUUGUAAUGCCUAUGAGAUCUUACAGGAGCAUGCAUGGGUUCAAGAGUCUGACAAAGAAGAUGUGAAUGUGAUAGGGAAAGUGAGAGAUGACUUAAAGAUGGACAACAAAGAAAAGAAGGUGUGGGAGAGUUGGUCAGGAGACCCAUGUCUUCCUAUUCCAUGGGAAGGUCUUACUUGCAACUCCAUUAAUGGUUCCACUGUCAUCACUGAGUUAAAUCUUCCCUCAAGAAAACUUCAAGGGGUUCUUCCUAUCAGUGUCACUGAGCUGGUUCAUCUAGAAAAAUUGAACCUGAGCUACAAUGAAUUUACAAAUGUGAUCCCGGAAUUUCUAUCAUUUUCCAUGCUGAGAUCAGUGGACCUGAGUCACAAUGAUUUUACUGGGAGGCUUCCUGAUUCUCUUAUCCUGCUUCCACAUUUGAAAACAUUAAACUUUGGAUGCAAUCCUCGUCUUGACAUUCCUUCCACGUUUAACAUCUCCAGAUUAACCACAGACGGUGGAACAUGUAGUAGUCAAGGAUCAACACAUAAAGGAAUCAUCAUUGGCUCUGUAGCAUGUGGAAGCAUCCUAUUUACUAUUGCAGUUGGAGCUGUUUUAUUUUGUUUCUACAAACGGAAAUUCUUGGCUCGGAGAACAUUAGAUGGGAAACGAUACCCAAUGACUAAGAAUUUAGUAUUCUCGAUCCCGAGCAUGGACGAUGGUGUGAUGUCAAUUGCGAUACAGACAUACACUUUAGAGCACAUAGAAAAUGCAACGCAGAAGUAUAAAACAUUGAUAGGUGAAGGAGGUUUUGGAUCUGUGUAUCGCGGCACCUUACCUGACGGUCAAGAAGUGGCAGUGAAGGUUCGGUCUUCAACAUCAACUCAGGGAACUCGAGAAUUCGAGAACGAGCUAAACCUGCUUUCAGCUAUUCGGCAUGAGAACCUGGUUCCUCUUCUUGGUUAUUGCUGUGAAAGUGACCAGCAAAUCCUUGUUUAUCCUUUCAUGUCCAAUGGCUCUCUACUAGAUCGCCUCUACGGGGAAGCAGCAAAAAGGAAAACUCUGGACUGGCCAACCAGACUUUCUAUAGCCCUUGGCGCUGCUCGAGGUUUGUUGUAUCUUCAUACAUUUGCCAGGCGAAGUUUGAUACAUAGGGAUGUAAAAUCAAGCAACAUACUUCUGGAUCAUAGCAUGUGUGCCAAAGUGGCAGAUUUUGGCUUCUCAAAAUAUGCUCCACAAGAAGGGGACAGUGGUGUUUCUCUGGAAGUGAGGGGAACAGCCGGAUAUUUGGAUCCUGAGUAUUAUUCCACCCAGCAUUUAUCGGCAAAGAGUGAUGUCUUCAGCUUUGGUGUGGUUCUCCUUGAAAUUAUCAGUGGUCGAGAGCCUCUAAACAUAAAAAGGCCACGGAACGAGUGGAGUUUAGUUGAAUGGGCCAAACCAUAUAUAAGGGAGUCAAAGAUUGAGGAAAUUGUGGAUCCCAGCAUCAAAGGAGGGUACCAUGCAGAGGCAAUGUGGAGAAUGGUGGAGGUGGCGUUGGCGUGUAUCGAGCCCUUCUCCGCAUAUCGACCAUGCAUGUCAGACAUCGUACGCGAGCUGGAAGAUGCUUUGAUAAUAGAGAACAAUGCAUCUGAAUACAUGAAGUCCAUAGACAGCAUAGGAGGGUACAGCUUGGGAGGCUCCAAUCGUUACUCGAUAGUGAUGGAGAAAAGAAAUAUUCUUCCACCCACUCCAAGUCCAACUGAACCAUCACCUGUUAACACACAAACCCUGGCUCCUCCAGAACCCAGAUAGUGAAAGGUGGAAGAUAUGUUCAUUUAGCAAAUCACCAGUUCAGUCAUUUUAUUUGAUAUAUGAUUAAAGAGAAAAAAUGAGGAAAAUUCCACUGUGCUCUGCUCUUGUAUGAGACCUAUGCAUCUUUUGCUUUUUAUUCUAUUAAUUUUUAGGUUACAGGAUCAACUUUUUGCUAAACUUUGAUGGAUAUUGUUAUGGGUAUGGUUUUCUGUCUUAAACGUGUUCUUUUUACCCACAGCUCA